AUGGCUUGGAUUUGGUGGUACCUGAUUCUUCUAACAAGUGCGUUAGCCCAGAAUGAUAGUUAUACCACAGAGACGAUUCAACCCGGCGAUAUUGAGCAUUACUUGGAGCUUUUUCUUACUGAAAAGUAAUUUUUUGAAAGUUUUUUUACUAUUUGAAGUUUUAAAAUGUUAGACUGCAAAUUUGACUAUCCAAUUUUAAAAAUGAUCUUACUGAAAACAUUAUAAUUUAGUUUGACUAUUUUUUGAAAUUUUUAAAACGAUUAGGCUUAUCACUAUGUCGACGAUUAGGCUUUUCACUAUGUCGAAUCUAGUCCUGUUCGCAGGGUAGAUGAGAGUUUUGCUGGACCGUCUUUGGUUGGGCAACAAAAGGGGAUGGAUAAAUAAUGGAAAAAACUAUAGUGUGAAUGGAAAGGGGGGGGGGGGUUAAAUACUUGGUAAAAGUUGUUGGGGCUAGGUGGAGGGGUGAAGAGAAGAAAUAAGGUCAAAAAUUCAAAGAUUUUUGUUUUUAUACAGUGGCGGCAAUAAAAAAUGGGACACUACGGUCUUGAGUAUAACUUUCUUGAAACAAAAAGAGUAAGGCUUAAAAUAUUUGUGAUUUUACAAUAUUCUUUUUGUCAAAAAAAUUGUCAAAACAAAUUUUUUACUUUAAAAAGUUACCGUAAUUCUACCGUAUUCUAUAAUUCCGAAGUAGGUGCAUAAAUUUUUUUUAAAAAUCGAAGGUGUUUUUAUAGAGCAUAAAAAGUUGUACAACUUCUGAAUGUUUUAAUAUUGUAUCUCUAAUGGUAAAAGAGCUACUAAUUUUUAAAAUUUAAAAAACCUUUGAUUUUUCAAGCGGAAUCGAACUUUUUUGGUUUUUUGAACAUUUUUAAAUGCCCAUAACUCAUGAAAAAAAAACAUUUGAAAAAUAAAACUUUCUGAAGUAGUACAACUUUUUAUGCUCUAUAAAACGUGCAUCUUUGAAUUUGUAAAAAAAAUUUAUGCACAUACAUAAUUUGGAAGUAUAGGGCACGGUAGAAUUACUGUAAGUUUUUUGAAUUGACAAGAAAAUUUUUUUUUGACAAGAAGAAUAUUGUAAAAUUAUUAAAAUUUUAAGCUUUACUUUUUUAGUUUCAAAAAAGUUAUACUCAAAACCGUCGUGUCCCAUUUUCUAUUGCCGGCACUGUUGGUAGGAAGGUUUCUGUACAGUGUUUUCAAGUUCUUUUUAAGAAAAAGGCAUUCCUUAUCUUUUGUUCUUUAUAAUUUUUUUUAGACCUACAAAGCCGAAUGUUACUGAACAGAUACUUUUUGCCUACUUAACCAGUAAGUGUUUUUAUUUUGCUAGCUAGUGUCGGAAGGAUAAUUUUAGUCAAGGGGAUCAACAAAGGAGACCAUUGAGACGUGUUUUAUAUGAUUAGCUUUUUUCUAAAUAUUAUUUUUUAGCUUUUAACGAACCGUUAGGCAAAGGAAUCACGGUGGAUUAUCAUUAUACUCAAAAACAAAAAUUUAAGAUCAGUUUGUUGGGCGAUGCGUAUCAAGUUCAUUCAUUUGUUGUGCUUGAUCAAAGCUAUGUGAACUUCUUUACAUUCAGCCCGUAGUAAGUUUUGAAAUUUAAGAACCAGGGUAAGGUAGGGUAGGGAGGAAGGAGUAGGAUAUUGUGCUUUUAAUACUGUACUAAUGUUGUUCUUUUCAGUGAACAAGAAAGACGUAUGAUAUUCUCGCCUCCUAAUUACUUACCGAAAUUUGCUUUCACAUACCGUAACCUCAUUUUUUAUUCACACGACAAUUACAUCGUGUCACAAGAAUAUGAUAAAAAUGGAGUAAACGUAAAGCGUCAUAACACGACAGACGUACAGAGCCAGCACUUGAACUACUUUAAUCCAGAUCAGCCAUACAUUGGACAAGAUAUUAUAAACAACUGUUUUAAUUUGAACUUGACAACAGUAAGUUACAGUAGUAGUUUGAAGGCUUUUUACAGUAAUUGCUUUUACUAGAUUUUGUUAAAUUAAGUUUGUGAAAGUUUUUAAAAAUUAAAUUUUUUUAUUAUAGAAAUGCAACAUUGACAGAGAUGAUGGUUCAUUGGUAGUGUUCAAAGAAGAGGAAGAGAGCUAUAUGUACAAGAUCUUUGACUAUGUAGUACCAUGGGAUUGUGCUAAUGGACCAUGUGUUAUGAGAGACGUCAGAAAGUAAGAAUUUAUUUUUUACCUGAUGUUUUGUUCUGACUGUAUUCUAGCUCUAACUCUACCCAUACUUCUAGUCUGAGCUCUAGACUUACUUUUAGCUCUAGCCCUGCCUUAUUUUUUUCCGUUUUUAAAGUUUUUUUGAAAAUUUCAAUAACAUUUUCAGACAAAUCGACUACGAAAUCCCACUGAAUCUUACCACCUAUACCGGCACACCACCACCCCAAAGCAAAAGAAUUGGAAUCAUCCCCAUCUUGACCACCGAAUCCAUAAUGAUUUUAAAACGUGUCGGAUGGAAGUACAAUUCAGCUCAAGAUGUUAUGGCAACUUGGACGUUCUUCUUUAUUUUUGGCUUGUUUUUAAUUUUUUAA